AUUUGAAUAUGCUCAAGGUGAAAGUUCAACAACAACUAAUGGAAUGAAUGGUUUAAAUCAAUUAAAUUAUGAUGAAAUACUUGAUGAAAAAGGAGAGAAAAAGAUCACCAAAGAUGGAGGUUUAUUAGGAGGCAGAAAUUUUAAAGUGCCGGUUUUUCAAUUGCCCAGUGAUAAUACAUGGUAUAUGUUAUCAAUGGAUGCGGCAAAAGUUUUGGGUUUUCGUGAUAGUUAUUUAUUUUUCUUAAGAAAUCCAUCAUUACAACGAGUUUUUGCAACUGAAGAUGAAAGAGAGUUCCUAAUCAAAAUAGGAAUCUUGCCCGCUGCAUAUCGUAGUAGGAAUAUUACUUUGGUAUCAGCUAGGUCUACAUACAGAUUAUUUGGUUCAAGAAUAAUCCAGAAUGGAAAAAGAAGAAAAGACGAUUAUUUUGAAUCAAAUUUGAGAUAUGAUGAUGAUUUAAGUGACAAAGGCAAUGAUUCAGAAACUGAAAAUGCAAACAAUAUCCUAUCAAAAAAAUUUAAUAGUAAAAUAACAAAACCACGAAAUCUUGCAAACGAAACUUCAUGGAUGUAUCAAUCAGCGCUUCACGCCAGAGAUUAUAAUACCAGAUUAAAAAUUCAUCGUAAGGAUAAACCUAAAUUUUACGAUGCUCAUACCAAUAUUGAACAAGUACCACAGGCAACACAACCAACUCGAAUCAAAGUGGAAACAAUUUCAAAACCUAUAUUUUUUUUACCGCUGAAUAGAAGAAACCAAUCGCCAAAAAUUCCUGAAAUUAAAUUUGAACCAACAUUUUUUAAUCCUUUAAAAAGUUUAAGUCCAGAAGUUUCAGAAGUGGUGCCACCUGAGAUUCGUAAGAUUAUUGAUGAUAUGAAUAAAAAUAUCAAAGAUGAUGAUUUUAUGGAUAUUGAUUAUGAGGAGGAUAAAUAUCCUAUUGCAUUAAUGGACCAUCAAUUCCAAUCAUCAUAUCCAUUGUAA